CCCACGGGCCUCCCUACCCCCGUCACUUCACUCCCGCUUUUAACUCUCUUCAACAACCACUGCCCCCACUCUCUCUCUUUCAGUGUAAGUGAGUGUGAGUUUUUAGAGAGAGAGCGCGUGGCUGCGUUUCCGUUUGCUGCAUUGCAUUCCCCCCCUUGAAUUCUGAUCUCUCCCGGUCCGCCAUUAAUUCCCUUCAGCUGCAAAUCGUGAAGGUGCUGCCAGCCACGACCCAUCGCUCUCUCUCUCUCUCUUAUAGCUUCUUUCUGACAGGAUCAUAGGACUAGGAGGGAAGGGAAGGGGGACCGGACCGACGACAGUCAGAGAUCACAGAGGCGCGGGGCAAUGGAGCUCAGCAAGGUCACGCUCGAGAUCUUCACGAAGCUCGAGCACAAGUGGCUCUCCCACUGCGACUCUUCCCGCAAGACCCGCGUCCUCAGCAUCGACGGCGGCGGUACCACCACCUGCAUUGUCGCCGCUGCCUCCCUCAUCCACCUCGAGGACCAGAUCCGCCUCCGCACCGGCGACCCCCACGCCAAUCUCGUCGAUUUCUUCGACAUCGUCACCGGCACCGGCACCGGCGGCGUCCUCGCGGCCAUGCUCUGCGCCGCCGACUCCUCCGGCCGACCCCUCUUCACCGCCAGGGCCGCGGUCGACCUGAUCGCCGAGCGCAACUCCGAGCUCUUCAAGGUCGGGAUCGGCGGCCUCCUCCGCUGCCGCCGCCGAGGCAGACUCUCCGGCAAGAGCAUGGACAAGGUCCUCAAGGAAGUCUUCACCCGGCAGGACGACGGCCGGAGCCUCACUCUCAAGGACACGUGCCGGCCCCUCCUAGUCCCUUGCUUCGACCUCAAGACGUCCGCCCCCUUCGUGUUCUCCCGCGCCGACGCGUCCGAGUCCCCGAGCUUCGACUUCGAGCUCUGGAAGGUCUGCCGCGCCACGUCCGCCACCCCCGGCAGAUUCAAGCCGUUCGCCCUGUCCUCCGUCGACGGGAAGACCACCUGCACGGCCGUCGACGGUGGCCUCGUCAUGAACAACCCGACCGCCGCGGCCGUCACUCACGUGAUCCACAACAAGCGCGACUUCCCCUCCGUAAACGGCGUGGAGGACCUCCUGGUGCUGUCCCUCGGGAACGGGCCGCCGACGGGACCGGCCAGCAGGAGCAUCAAGCUCCGCCACGACGGCGAGUGCUCGCCGUCGUCGGUGGUGGAUAUCGUGCUUGACGGAGUGUCGGAGACCGUGGACCAGAUGUUGGGCAACGCUUUCUGUUGGAACCGCACGGACUAUGUUAGGAUUCAGGCAAAUGGGAUGGAGGAAGAUGUGUUGAAGGAGAGAGGAGUGGAGACGCUGCCGUUUGGCGGGAAGCGUCUACUGUCGGAGACUAACGGCCAGCGGAUCGAGUCGUUUGCGCAGCGGCUGAUCGCGUCGUCCUCGAGGAGCAGCAGCCUUCCGCCGAGCCCAUGCAAGGAAGCCGCCGUCAGCCCUCUCGCUGACGGUCGUUAGUUUAUGCUUGUCUUUGUAACUCAGUUUCCUAGGUUUUUUGCCUUUUCUUUUUUUGUUUAUUCCUUUUUGGUGUUUUGUAAUUUCUUGUUGUAUCUUAGUGAAGUUCAUAGCUAAGAAGUUGACCCCCAAAAAAAAUAAAAAAAGGGCUAUGGUCCCUCUCGUGCCCUAGAAGAUCAGUUGGAUAAGA